AUGGCGGCCGAAGCGUCCGUGAUCGGCAGAGAACGUCACGUCCCGCCGCCUGGCGAGGAUGGGCGCUACACCAUAUCUGCGGAGGGUAUCAAGGCGCAGUUCAUCCCGUACGGCGCCACCCUGACCAACUUGUUCGUCAAGGACAAGAACGGCGAGGACAUUGACGUGGUGCUCGGCUACGACGAUGUCAACUAUUACCCCGAGGACCCCGGCCAUCCGGUGUACAACGCCAUUCCCGGCCGGUACGCCAACCGGAUCGGCAACGGGAAGUACACUCUCGACGGGAAGACGUACUUCACCGAGAAGAACGACGGCAACAACACGCUGCACAGCGGCACCAACAACUGGUCGUACCGCGUGUGGGACGUGACCGAUCUCAAGGAGGACUCCAUCACCUUCUCGAUCCUGGACAAGGCCAAUUCGUCCCAGGGCUUCCCGGGCGACGUUAAAGCGUCCGUCACGUACUCGGUCAAGGGUUCGACCUGGAACAUCAAGAUGAAGGCCGAGGCUCUGAACCACAAGACCCCCCUCCUGCUCACUCAGCACACCUACUUCAACCUGGACGCCUACCACAACCCAGACACGGCCAAGAUCUGGGACCACGGGCUGUACCUGCCGUACUCGAAGCGGUACCUCGAGGGCGACCAGGGGGCGCUGCCGACGGGCAAGAUCCUGACUGCGGAGCCCGGGUCGAUCAACGACUUCGCGUCGUCGGCGGACCUGACGGUCGGGCACGCGCGGGACCAGCCCGGGUUCGAGGGCAACUGCGGGGCCGACGGCGCCUGCGAGGGCUACAACGGCUACUUCCUGAUCGAGGACAAGCCGUCCGCCGACGCCGUCGUCCUCCGCCUGUCGAGCGCCUUCUCGGGCGUCACCGCCGACCUGCGCACCGACCAGCCCGGCGUCGUCCUCUACUCGUGCAACUGGAUGGACGGCUCCGCCGACCUCAAGAGCACCCAGGGCAUCAAGGGCGUCAACGAGAAGGUCAUCAGGAGCAGCUGCAUCGCCAUCGAAGCCCAGGACUACCCGGAUGGCAUCAACCAUCCUGAAUGGGGACGUACCGAAGCGCAGAUCUGGGGCCCGGGUGAGACGUACACGUGGGAGAGCUCGUGGACCUUUGGGUUGCUCGAAGCCUGA